UUUAAGACCAAACACGGAAGAGGUCAAAAUCGUUAGCUUUAGCCUCGUAACAAAUUCCAUUCGACCAACCAUGUGGCCAUUUCAACCUCAUUGGAUCUCAGUUUGUUUUCCUUAUAUUUUUCACAUAUUAAUUUAUGUUCCUCUUUCAGCAGGAUUGUCAAUACCUGUCGCAGUAAAUUUGGGGGACACUGCUGUUCUAACUUGUAAUGAGACAUGUGAUGGAGUGGUCUCAUGGAGGACUUCCCUUGGAAAGCUGGAGGUUUUAAAAUGUGUCCGAGAUAAUUGCACUGAAGGAGAUGGCUUUAAGAACAGAGCAAGCCUCUUUGCUAAUAAAUAUCAAUCAUAGAAUCCCAUCUCUCACACUGCAUCCUGCUCUGUACAAUGACGAAGGCUGGUACGAGGCUCAUUGUGAUUCAGCAUUUGUCUGUAAAGUAUUCUUGGAAGUUUUUGUACCCAACACUGUGAACGCCUCAGUUGGAAACAACAUAACACUAUUCUGCUAUGCACGUACAGAGAAAACGAUAGCUGAUAAUGAUGUGAACAUCCUGUGGAAAAGAGAAGAUAAAAUAGUUUUGGAAGUUCAAAAUGGAAUAACACACCAUGGUUUAGGUUUUACAGACAGGGCCUCCGUUUCAUUAAAUGGCUACAGGAUUGGAGAUCUUUCCCUUAACAUAGUUGGGGUCACCCCAUCAGAUAAAGGGUUAUACCGUUGCUAUCACAAAACACAAGAGGAACAUGGACAUCCUGGAGCUAUCACUCUCCACGUCAAAGCUCACCAGCAUUUCCUUCAUAGAAAGUCUGGCGAUAAUCUAACCUUGGACCUGUUCAGCACAGACCCAGUAACAGUAUUUUUCAAUGAGAUACAGAUCUGCACUGUGGAGAGAGCCAACGCUUCAUGCAGCUCCGACUACAAUGACAGAAUGUCUGUCUCUAAUUACUCUCUUGUGCUGCAAGUAUUGACCGCAGCUGAUAAUGGGACGUUUACUUUGAAAGACAAGAUGUGUGAAGUCAUUAGUGUCAACACUGUCACUGUGGAGGGGGUCGCUCAAAGACAUCACUUCAUAGAUAUGGCUAUAACAGCUGUUUUCGUUCUCUUUUUGAUUUACCUUCUCACCAAAAUCUUUCAAUAUCAUAGAAAGACAGGGCAAAUUAAAUUUCACUGCAGGUUUAAUGUUGCACAGUCUAGUGUGCAUCUCAGUCCAGCCUCAUUGAGUGAGCCGGAACACAUAGGAUUGCCACACCAGGAGACUUGCCAAAACAACGUUUCAGAGCAGCUUGACACUACUCUUCGCACACCUGUAGAGGAAACCACACCUUUCAUACCUGGGAUUACCACUGAGAAGCAGGACAAUCCUGUAGAGGACUAAAAGUGGGAGAAUCAAAGCUGACCAAUAUGGGAAUGCUUUAAGGAUAAUACUGAACUGCUUAAGAUUCCUCUUCUGCUGUCCUAUUGCCACUUUUCUCAAACUGGGUCUGCUGAAAAUGCCUGAAAUGUGAUCAAAAAUACACAACAAUAAUGGCUCAGUUGGUUAAACCCAAUGCAAUGGUAUGGGUGGCAUUAUUUUUUAAGGGCUGUCUUAGGGUACUGUGUAACUAUGCCAAUGAACAUUGUUUAAAAACUAAAAAGAAGAAGAAAUUCUCAUUUAUUUUUAGCUGUUUUCACAAUCUAGCUGUGCACCUUAGCACGUUUCGUGUGUAUAAAUCCAAAGUCAAAUGUUUAAUUGAAUUGUAUUUAGGUUAAUAAGGUUAAAGGGUUAGUUCACCCAAAAAUGAAAAUCCUCUUAUCAUUUACUCACCCUCAUGCCAUCCCAGAUGUGUAUGAUUUUCUUCUACAGGACACAAAUUAUAAUGUUUAGAAGAAUAUUUCAGCUCUGUAGGUCCUCACAAUGUAAGUGAAUGGGUGCCAACAUUUUUACACUUCAAAAAUCACAUAAAUGCAUCACAAAGGUAAUCAAUAAGACUCCAGUCCAUAUCUUGAGAAGUAAUAUGAUAGGUGUGGGUGAGAAACUGAUCAAUAUUUAAUUCCUUUGGCUAAAAAUGAUUCUCUCUGCCCAGUAGGGGGCUGUAUGCAUGAAGAAUGUGAAAGUCAUCUGUUUAUCACCCACACCUAUCAUUUCGCAUAUGAAGACAUUGAUUUAACGAGUUUUCUGGAUUAAUUUUAAUGCUGAUUUAAGUGUUUUUUUUUAGCUUAAAAUAUUUUGCACCCAUUCUCUUGCAUUGUAUGGACUAAAAGAAUUGAGAAGUUCUUCUAAAAUCUUAUUUUGAGUUCAGCAGAUGAAAGAAAGUCAUACACAUCUAGGACAGAAUAACGGUGAGUACAUUUUGAGAGAAUUUUCAUUUUUGUGUGAACUAUUCCUUUAAAUACAGUCAAUUAAAGCCAUGAAGUGUUUAUCACCAAGCAAAUGGAAGAAAUCACUGCAAUUCUCAGGUUGUUACACUGGCAUUAAUGUCAUUUUACUUAUUUACAAAUGACUGAAUGGCUCAGGUAGAUCAGUAUUUUCCUUUGUUUGCAUACCUUACAAGCAUCUUAAAUCACUAGAGAUAGAUCACUAAUGCCUAGUGAUCGAAAAUGUUGACGUAGCACAGCUAUUACGUAUACUAGCCACAAAUGAAGUCAUCAUCAUGAUGUCAGAUGUGCCCAAACUGAAAACCCACCAGUUUUAUUGUACCUUUUCUCAUUAAGCAUUAUAAUGCACUUAUUCAUGCACUGCACAUUUAUUUUUCUCCUGCA